AUGGUAUUCUCUUCCUCAGGGAAUGUUGAAAAUAGCGACUUCCAUUUGGUGUUGUCGGAGCUCACACGAGUUUCUGACGUGAGUCGUCGCCGGUACACCCCACUACUCGUUCGACUCUCCCUUUUUUCUUCGAUCGCUGGUAUGGGCAUAUCCGACAAGGUUGAAAAGGUGUCCUAUGAUAUUAAGUUUGAAGCUACACCUGAUAAUGGAACAAUUUCAAAGAUGACUAGUACUAUUUACACCCAUGGUGAUUUUGAACUCGAGGAAGAAGAACUAAAUGCAGGAAAAGAAAAGGUGUUAGGGCUUUACAAGGUUGUGGAAGCUUACCUUCUUGAAAACCCUGAUGCAUAUGUUUGA